AUGGUGACAGGGAGGUCCGCUGCUUCUUGCUGUGUGGGCUGGACUACUGCUGAAGAACUGUAUUCAUGUAGUGAUGACCACCAGAUAGUGAAGUGGAACUUGUUAGCCGGCGAAACAAGCCAAAUAGUAAAGCUGCCUGAUGAUAUUUACCCAGUAGACCUUCACUGGUUUCCAAAAAGUUUAGGUGUAAAGAAACAAACUCAAGCCGAAAUCUUUGUCCUCACAAGUUCUGAUGGCAAAUUUCAUCUGAUUUCUAAGUUAGGAAGAGUGGAAAAAAGUGUGGAAGCUCACUGUGGAGCAGUGCUUGCAGGACGAUGGAAUUAUGAAGGAACAGCAUUAGUUACAGUUGGAGAAGAUGGACAAAUAAAAAUAUGGUCAAAGACUGGAAUGCUAAGAUCAACUUUAGCUCAUCAAGGAACACCAGUGUAUUCGGUAGCAUGGGGCCCUGAUUCAGAAAAGGUUCUUUACACAGCAGGCAAGCAGCUGAUCAUUAAACCACUUCAACCAAAUGCUAAAAUUUUACAGUGGAAAGCUCAUGAUGGCAUUAUUUUAAAAGUGGAUUGGAACUCUGUCAAUGAUUUGAUUUUAUCUGCUGGCGAAGACUGUAAAUAUAAGGUAUGGGAUAGUUACGGCCGCCCUCUCUACAAUUCUCAACCUCAUGAGCAUCCUAUUACCUCAGUAGCCUGGGCUCCAGAUGGAGAAUUAUUUGCUGUUGGAUCAUUUCAUACUUUACGCUUGUGCGAUAAAACUGGGUGGUCAUAUGCUUUAGAAAAGCCCAACACUGGUAGCAUAUUUAAUAUUGCGUGGUCAAUUGAUGGUACCCAGAUUGCUGGAGCCUGUGGAAAUGGACAUGUUGUUUUUGCACAUGUGGUGGAACAACGCUGGGAGUGGAAGAAUUUUCAAGUAACAUUAACUAAAAGAAGGACCAUGCAGGUUCGUAACGUUCUUAAUGAUGCAGUGGAUUUACUGGAAUUCCGUGAUCGAGUCAUUAAAGCCUCUUUGAACUAUGCACACUUAGUUGUUUCAACGUCUCUUCAGUGUUAUGUGUUCUCUACGAAGAACUGGAAUACACCACUUAUAUUUGAUCUCAAGGAAGGAACUGUUAGUUUAAUUCUGCAAGCAGAACGACAUUUUCUUCUUGUAGAUGGUGGUGGUAUCUAUUUAUAUUCUUAUGAAGGGCGCUUCCUUUCCUCUCCAAAAUUUCCUGGAAUGAGAACAGAUAUUCUAAAUGCACAGACUGUCUCUCUGAGUAAUGAUACCAUAGCAAUAAAAGACAAAGCUGAUGAAAAAAUAAUCUUCCUCUUUGAGGCAUCAACUGGAAAACCAAUGGGAGACGGGAAGUUUCUUUCUCAUAAGAAUGAAGUUUUGGAAAUUGCUCUGGAUCAAAAGGGACUCACCAAUGAUAGAAAAAUUGCUUUCAUUGAUAAAAAUAGAGAUCUCUAUAUCACUUCAGUGAAACGAUUUGGGAAGGAAGAACAGAUUAUCAAACUUGGAACAAUGGUGCAUACUUUGGCGUGGAAUGAUACGUGCAAUAUCCUUUGUGGACUUCAAGAUACUCGAUUUACAGUCUGGUAUUACCCCAAUACGGUUUAUGUGGACAGAGACAUUUUGCCUAAAACAUUAUAUGAAAGGGAUGCAAGUGAAUUUAGUAAAAACCCCCAUAUUGUGAGUUUUGUUGGAAAUCAAGUAACUAUAAGAAGAGCUGAUGGCUCUCUGGUUCACAUCAGCAUAUCACCAUAUCCUGCUAUUCUCCAUGAAUAUGUAAGCAGUUCAAAAUGGGAAGAUGCUGUAAGACUUUGUCGUUUUGUUAAGGAGCAAACCAUGUGGGCUUGCCUAGCUGCUAUGGCAGUUGCUAAUCGAGAUAUGACUACUGCAGAAAUAGCCUACGCAGCAAUUGGUGAAAUUGAUAAAGUUCAGUAUAUCAAUUCUAUAAAAAAUCUUCCAUCUAAAGAAUCAAAAAUGGCCCACAUAUUAAUGUUUAGUGGGAACAUACAGGAGGCUGAAACUGUUCUUCUUCAGGCUGGCCUUGUUUAUCAAGCAAUUCAGAUCAAUAUUAAUCUGUACAACUGGGAAAGGGCUCUUGAAUUGGCUGUAAAAUACAAAACACAUGUUGACACAGUUCUUGCUUACCGUCAAAAAUUUUUGGAGACAUUUGGUAAACAGGAAACUAAUAAACGAUACCUGCAGUAUGCAGAAGGUCUCCAAAUAGACUGGGAGAAAAUCAAAGCCAAAAUUGAGAUGGAAAUUACUAAAGAGCGAGAGCGGUCAUCUGGCAGCCAGCCCACCAAGAGUACUGGUCUAAAGCACUAA